UCCACACGAGUUGAGGAAAAGGAGUUAAAAGAAGUACUCUGGCGAGCUCCAGAUGUACAGAAAUUGCUCUUGCUCGACUAAUAAGGGUCGACCGUGCAAAAGACUACAGUUGGAACCCCACCAAAUGAAAGAAAAAAAUGUAAAUGAAAGUGAGAAAAAGGGGUUCCAACGGUGAAAUGAAGUGAAAGAGCACCCCGGUACAACGAAUCCUUGGUUGUGAAUGGUGUGAGUCCCUUUAUCCAUGAACUGACUGUCUUACUUCUACUUUUUCUCAUGAUCCUGGCUUGAGUCUAGUACUCGCAUUGAGAGAGAUAGGGAACGUCUUAGAAGACCAGUUGACCUCGUAAGCUGCUAUAUGAUCUAGGAAAUCCUCUACCAAAGAUCGGGGUUGUAUGUUGCUAUAGAGCUCUGGAGAGCUGCAUUGGUUUGAGUUAGGUUUGCUUGGGGACAAGCAAACAGUUAAGUGUGGGGGGAUUUGAUGACUCGGUAUUUGCACAUUUUUUCCCCUUUGUUUCUUGAUUGUUUGAGCUUGAAUUAUCGUGUCUUUGGCCUAUUUUACGCUAGGUUGUGUUCCUUUGUCACAUUUCAGGUCCUAGCACAUAAAGUGAAGCAUAGGCGCAAGUUUCAAGUCAAUCAGAGAUCAAUUGACGAUUCGGGAGAAGAAACUCGGGUAUGACCUGAAGAAGAAUGGAUUUCUAACUCACUUUAUGGACAAAGAAUCAUGCAAGCUUGUCAUUAAUAGAAAGAGGACGAGACUACGAGCGUCUGGGAUCAAACGGCGACUGAUUCGGAGUCCGGACGAGGGAGAAACGAAGCAUUAAACAGAGGUUGAGCAAGCCACACGGGCACAACCCACACGGCCGUGUGACCUGGCCAUGUGGCCGUGUGGAAAUCACCGAGCCUUCACACGGGCAGCGUGGAAAGCCACACGGCCGUGUGGCCUGGCCGUGUGAGUCGGGAAUUGCUGUUUAAAACCCGAUUUUCAGCAAAAGGAAAGGGGGAGAGCUGGGUUUUGGAUCCCAAACACCCAAGGGACGAACCCUAGAGAGAGAGAGCGACUUGGGAACAUUCUUGGAGCUAUUUUGGAGGAUUUCUUCGCCAUUGGAGCUCGGGAAUCAAGCUUGGAGAUGGAGAUUGAAGAUCUAGAUCAGAUUUCUGCAGUCUCUCUCUUCUCUAUGGAGUAACUUCCCUUCACUUAGGUUUUGAGGAACCUUAGUUCCAUGAGUUAGGAUCUUUCUUGUAUGAAGUUUUGGAUGCUAUAUUGUUUGAUUAUAAUCGAAUGAUGCAUGUUUAUUGAGUCAAUUGAAGUCUGAUCAACUUUUCCUGAUUCCUGCUGCAAUCUGAGAUAGAUAGAAUCUGAUUAGGUUGCUAGAGUCUCAUCAUUCGGUAGUAGGAGAUUGGCUAUACGAGAGUUAGCCAGUUUACUGCUUUGUACUGGAAUCCAAUUCCAGUAGUGGAGUUCUGUGCUUAUUGCUUCAGCUUUCUAUCCCGGUGAAGACUAGUCGUCUGCCGGAUAGUUAGACUGAGAGGGCUUGGUCAGCUUAAGAGAUUCCAAGCUACUGUCGGAUCUUCCGCAGUUUAAUCAACAGUAAAUCAACCAAAAGGAAUUACAACUUGGACCUAAUUGAGGAGCUAGGGGGAAUCAUACCUAAGUGAGUUCCCAAACUGUAAUUAGUAGUUUUACUUAGUUUAGUUAGUAGAGUAGUUUAGUUAAUCAAUCCUUAAUCUAGUUUGCUAGAUAAUGAACUGAAGCUGAGUAAUAGUAACUCUAGAGACCCGUGGAUUCGAUAUUUAUUACUUGUGCCACUAUACUGCAGUCCCUUUCAUUGGUUACACUUGGCCAUUGUUAGGUGUUGUGUUUUAGAGCAUCAAGUUUUUGGCACCGUUGCCGGGGACUUUCUAGAGUAUUAGGAAAGGCAGAAGUUUGUUACUUUAGCGUUUUUCUUUUCUUUCUUUUCCACCUUUGCUUUUCACUUGGGUGUUUUUGUUUUUGUUGGUGCAGAUCUGAAUCAUGGAUCCUAAUGGCUUUUCCAAUCAUUGGGGGUAUCCACCACCAUCCGGGUGGUAUUACCCCGCGACUCCCUACAGCAAUCAAGGAGGAGAAGACUAUGGAUUCGGGUUCCAGUACCAACCCCCUUACUAUGGAGAACAAUCAGACCCCUGGGCAUAUCAAGAACAACCUCAUUGCCAAGAAGACUUUCUCCCACAACCAGAAGGGCCAUCGGAGCUGGAGUUACCCAUGGCGGCCUUCACGGGCCACUCUGAAGAGCCAUGCUACACUUCAAUGGAGGAUCCGAACGAACAAUUAAGGCUUCUCGUGGAGCAGUUUGCUCGAGACACUGAGAAAUCAUGCUCCAAGAUGGAUCUUCAAAUCAAAGCCCUUGCCACUUCCGAUCCCUCAUUUCUCCAUGAUAUGGAGGAGACUGUUCAGCGCUCAGCGAAGCAAACAGAGUGGGUGAAGCAAGUUUGCUCACAUCUUGCUCAAGAUCACCUUUCUGCUACCACGCUAGAAGAGGUGGAGGAUGACAAAGGCUAUGGGAGCGUUGAGGAGCAUACAGAAGUUAUCACAGAGAACUCACAUGAUAACCAUGAUCAGGAAAGUCCUUUGGUUGCAGACCACACCUUUCCUCAUUUAUGCUCUAACAUGCUGGGCCCGUGCAAGGAGAUGCAAGAUGAUCCCAUUGAAGAAAUUGCUUGGCGACUUGCUCUCCAAUCUGUUCUAGAAGAAGAAGAGCGAGCAAGGAUGAGGAAGGAAGUUGUGGAUGAUGAGGAAGAAAGAAAAGAAGAGGUGGUUCUUGAUCUUUUCCCAGGGGAGAGACCACAUUUUGAAGAAGGAAGGGGGGUUGAGGAAGCAAUUGGCGUCCAGGCUGAGGAUGAAGUUGAGGUGGAAGAGGCAUGCACCGGCCAUGAGUUGCAAGUAAUAUCCCCACCAAACUUUGAGGAACUGCUUGGCAAGGACCCAUUUGCAGUGUCUCUUUGCCAGACCAAGGCCACAUCGACAUCGGUCCCUCUUGGUGGACGCGAUGGUGGUCGGUCGAUGCUGUCAUAUCUGGUUUGGGGCAAGGAGACAAGAGAAGAGAAGAAGAGGUCUCGAGGGUGGAGACUUCAUCUGCAUCAAGUACAUGAGCCUUCAUCACCUGCCACACCACAUGCUCGUGACUUGAGACUCCACCUCAUCGACGAGAACCUCAACUUCAAGGAGGUUCUAGCAUGGACCGAAACUUAGGAGCCAUCGUCCGGCUCACGACGUGAAAGAAGCGCUUUUUGGGAGGCAACCCAACCAGUCGGUUUGCAUUUCUUUCUCUAUUUCUCCUCGGUUGAGUCAGUUUUGUUAUUUGAUUUUAGAGUCAAUAACUCAACCUUUGUGAGAUUUUGUGUGGUGUUUGUGUUCUGAUUACUCUCUCUUCCUGGAAUGCACUGCCUGACCCGUACAUCAUCAUUCACCCUUGAUCUGGUAACUUCGUUCUACCCUCCUUAUCUUUCCUCCAUUGAGGACAAUGUCGUGCUUGAGUGUGGGGGGGUGUUCGAUUAUGUAUGCGGGUGAACGUUUGGCUGUUUGUGUGCUUGGAGCCUAGUCCACUGUCCAAAUUUUUAAAUUUGAGGGCUCCAAGUAUGUGUUUCCUUGCAAAUUUCCUGCUCAGUAUGCUUUGAAUUGACAGUCUCUAUAGUAAUGUGCAACCUAGGGAGGUAGUGUAGCACUAUGGAGGAUGUUGAAGUAUAAGAUUUUUCCUAUCUAGCUCUCUGUUGUGCCAGUUGAUUUUGUGAAUUAGUGGAGCUAAGACCGUUGAAUUCAUGUGGUAAUGGUGACUCUGUUUGGAUUAUGUUAUGGACUCGUGUAUCGAAUAGGGUGCUCAUAUGGAAAAUGGGAAGCAGUUGGUCCUCCAUGUCAAAAUCAUUAAAUCUUAAACAUGGGGUAAGCCCAACGUGUGCGGCACCGUUCAUUGCACAAAAUCGGGUUUUGGAAGAGAUUUUAGUGAUCCUUAGUGGGGUACUCCUACAAGGUGAAGCUAAGUUGUCUCUAGUACAAGUAAAACUUCCACCCGUUGAACGGCUUGCCUACUUGAGGAUGUGUUUUUAAGGGCACGGAUAGAGCUUCCGACCCCCCUUAAUUUCAUUGACCCUCCACACGAGUUGAGGAAAAGGAGUUAAAAGAAGUACUCUGGCGAGCUCCAGAUGUACAGAAAUUGCUCUUGCUCGACUAAUAAGGGUCGACCGUGCAAAAGACUACAGUUGGAACCCCACCAAAUGAAAGAAAAAAAUGUAAAUGAAAGUGAGAAAAAGGGGUUCCAACGGUGAAAUGAAGUGAAAGAGCACCCCGGUACAACGAAUCCUUGGUUGUGAAUGGUGUGAGUCCCUUUAUCCAUGAACUGACUGUCUUACUUCUACUUUUUCUCAUGAUCCUGGCUUGAGUCUAGUACUCGCAUUGAGAGAGAUAGGGAACGUCUUAGAAGACCAGUUGACCUCGUAAGCUGCUAUAUGAUCUAGGAAAUCCUCUACCAAAGAUCGGGGUUGUAUGUUGCUAUAGAGCUCUGGAGAGCUGCAUUGGUUUGAGUUAGGUUUGCUUGGGGACAAGCAAACAGUUAAGUGUGGGGGGAUUUGAUGACUCGGUAUUUGCACAUUUUUUCCCCUUUGUUUCUUGAUUGUUUGAGCUUGAAUUAUCGUGUCUUUGGCCUAUUUUACGCUAGGUUGUGUUCCUUUGUCACAUUUCAGGUCCUAGCACAUAAAGUGAAGCAUAGGCGCAAGUUUCAAGUCAAUCAGAGAUCAAUUGACGAUUCGGGAGAAGAAACUCGGGUAUGACCUGAAGAAGAAUGGAUUUCUAACUCACUUUAUGGACAAAGAAUCAUGCAAGCUUGUCAUUAAUAGAAAGAGGACGAGACUACGAGCGUCUGGGAUCAAACGGCGACUGAUUCGGAGUCCGGACGAGGGAGAAACGAAGCAUUAAACAGAGGUUGAGCAA